AUGCAUUCUUUACUGUCCCGGGGCAACUCGGUGCUGGCCUACACGCUGAGCGUACUCGUUACUCUCACGUUCGCAUGUUUUCUUUCCACCAUAUUGGUCGAUUACCGGACUGGUACUGAGAUGCAGACGCUCAAAAUUGAAGUGAAAAACUUACCAGAGUAUGGUGUAUCCAAAAAGAUCAAUGACUUGGGUCACAUAACAUUCAACCUCGAUACAGAUCUCACUAGCCUAUUCAAUUGGAAUGUUAAACAAUUGUUUGUCUACAUGACAGCUGAAUAUGAGACACCUACAAACGCCUUGAAUCAAGUAGUUUUGUGGGACAAGAUUAUUUUGAGAGGAGAGAACUCCAACUUGCGCCUUAAAAAUAUGAGAACAAAAUAUUACUUUUGGGAUGAUGGUAAUGGUUUAAGAGGAAAUAAAAAUGUGACUUUAACGCUGUCCUACAACAUCAUACCAAAUGUGGGUCGACUGCCAAUUGUGGGUGCCAUCGGAUCUCAUACAUUUAGUUUUCCUUCACAAUAUACACGAUGA